GCUUUUUCCCUGUAGCCGCCGAGUUGCGUGGAGGCUUCGGCCUCACCCGUAAUCCGCUGCCAUGGCCGAGGAAGGCAUUGCUGCUGGAAGUGUAAUGGACGUCAACACUGCUCUUCAAGAGGUGCUGAAGACCGCCCUCAUCCACGAUGGCCUCACACGUGGCAUCCGCGAAGCUGCCAAAGCCUUAGACAAGCGCCAAGUCCAUCUCUGUGUGCUUGCGUCCAACUGUGAUGAGCCUAUGUAUGUCAAGUUGGUGGAGGCACUUUGUGCUGAGCACCAAAUCAACCUAAUUAAGGUUGAUGACAAGAAGAAACUCGGCGAAUGGGUAGGCCACUGCAAAAUUGAUUGAGAGGGAAAGCCACGGAAAGUAGUUGGUUGUAGUUGUGUAGUGGUUAAAGACUAGGGCAAAGAAUCUCAAGUACUUCAAGUGCAAGAAAUGAAUAAAUAAAAAAUUUGGCUCAAAAAAAUAAAAUAAAGUUGUCAUUUAAAAAAAUUUAACAUAACCUGAAAUGAACUUUGACAUCGUUAAGAUAGGGUUUUAAGUAAUCAAAAGCACCUAAACAAAAGCAAUUAUCAUAGUAAGACAUAAAAUCUUGAUAAUUCUUUAGACUUUUUUUCCUUUUUUGAUUCUUUGUUGGUUUUACACCAUGUAUCCUGAUCCCAUUCAUCUCCCUGUCCCUUCAAAUUCAUCCUCUACCCUUGCAACCUCU